AUGCGCUUCUCAACAUCUGCUUUGGCGAGUGCCGUCUUUUUUGCCUUCUUUGCUGACGCGCGCUAUCAUGACUCUUGCACUUGCCACAACGGCGGGACUUACAACUGGCGUCUGACCACCAAAGCAUGCGAUUCGGAGAGGGCCUUGCUCGCUCAACAGAAAAGUUGGGGAAGCGUCCAAUACGACACUCCCAGCGGAAGGUGUCGGUCGGUUGGAGUCACAGAUCUGAUCUCUGGUGAUGACUUUGAAACGCUCUGCAAGGCGGUUGCGUCGCAAGUCGGCUUCCCGUGCGCGUUCGACAACUCAUUGACCUGCUACGCCGACCCGGACGCCGUUUCCUCUUGGUGCGAUUAG